AUGGCUCUCUGGCCCUUUGGCCGUCACAAGAAGCGGGCUCGCAAGGGCGACGACGAGGCCACCACCACCACUAAUACUACUACUACUGCUACUACGGCAGCAGUACAGCAGCCCCAGACCCCUCCAGCUCAGACAGAGACGGCCACGAAGGCGGCCACGACUGGCGGACACCAUGGACACGGCGGCCUCUCUGCUGGCAAGCUUGUCCGGCGAGACAGCAAGCGUCAGAAGUACAGCGCCGUCUCCCCGGCAGCCGCAGCAGCCGCAGCAACGACAACAACGACAGCGACAUCCUCCCCCGCGACCCCGGCGACCGCUGCCACUGCUGACUCUCCCAUGACCCUGCCCGCCGGUCGAGCUCUGCGGCAACCCACUUCUGUCGACACUUUUGCCUCCGUCAAUGCUCUCGUCCCGUCCAAGCUCCGCCAGGCUGAGCAACCGCACAUCCAAAACGCUGCCAUGCCGUCUCACCUUCACCCGUCUCAGGUCCAGGGUGAAGGCUCCUCCUCCUUCUCCUCUGCCUACCCUGUCCCGACGCUCCACCAUGGCAAGAGAUAUCUCUCCGAGCCCACCUCUAUCCUCCGCCGUCGCUCGGAGAGACGCAGACGCAUCGAUCCCGAGCGCGAACUCGAGAUCAAGCGCAUGGGCAGUCUUGUCUGGGAACACCCCAAGCGCAGCAGUGCUGCCACAACCACCAACAGCAACAAUGUCAACAACAACAACAGCAACAACAAGGACAACACUUCCAACAAGGACAAGCAUCUCUCUGACCCAUUCACCCCGUCUUCCACUGCUGCCAAUGCUGCUGCUUCUUCCACCACCUUCGAUCAGGCUGAGCCUCCAUCACACACCUUCAAGCUCAGUGCUCUCAAUGCCUUGUCUCCUCGCCCAUUCCUUCGCUAUGCCUCCUCAGACGGGAACCGCAGCUCUCUCCCUGCCACUGCUGACAUCUCACGAUCUUCUACCACCAGAGACAAGGCUAAACCACGAUGGUUCUCUGCCGACCAGGCCGCCGCUACUGCCGGCAGUAGUAAGAAGAUUAACGAGCUAGCUGACACCAUGGACGCCGGAGCCCUGCGCCAGCUCAUGGACCGUGACAGACGACGCAGACUCGUCAAGCGUCAGAUCCUCAGAGAACAGCAGCAGCAACAACAACAGCAGCAGCAGCAGGCCUCUGCGGUUGCUCGUCAGGCAGACAAACCCGUUGAACAGAAGGAUCAAGUGUCGCAACCAGAAGAGCCACAGUCAGAGGUAGACACCCAGACACAGUCACAAACACAGCCGCUUGAGAAAAUAGUCAGUGCUGGAACUGCUAGCUUUCCUUCUUCGUCUCCAGACCCGAUGGACGUUUCCAAGCCUCAGUCACAGCAGCAAUCUCUCGAACCAGCCCAGUCGUGGCUCCAAGACGCUUCAAAGGAAAGCCUGAUCAAGGAAGACCGCGUUCAGACUGCCCAACGAAAGAUAGAAGAAGAAGCAGAACCAGAAGUGGGAGAACAUCAAGGCCCAGCUGCCCCAUUAGCCACUGUCCUCUCACGCAAUGGACAGCCCAUUGAACUUGCUAUUCCGGCAGACGAGCGCAGAGAUGAGAUUCCAGACAUCCGCCAGCAUCCUGCAUUCCGCCAGCCUUCCGUCUCCGAGACGUCUGCCUCUGCUUCUGCAUCUGUCUCUGCAUCAGCCUCGACCAAACCAAGCACCAUGCUCAACGAGACCAAACUAGGCCGGACCUGGACCCAGCUCUUCCGUCGUAGAGGCACCCUUCGUCGCAAACCCAACCGCAACAUCCUGCCCAAGAAUGGCUCCUCUGAAUUCUCCGUCACGUCUCGCACCCAUCCGUACGUCAAUCCCGGUGCUAUCCCUGGAGCCGGUGCUGUUACUUCACCUCCCAUUGCUAUUGCCGCGACUGCUUCCUCCCACCGCGUGGGAACUGAUACCCAGUCCAUCACAUCCAAGUUCACUGAGCACCUUGACGAUGGCUCUGCUUCGGGCUCUGCAAUCCAGCUGUCGACAUCUGCACCAGGAGGACCUCGCAUGUACUCGCCCGAGCCACUGUACAAUCUCCACCGUGAAGACUCGUACUCCGUCUCCGUUGCACCCUCGCAGCGUACGAGUGGUGCCGAAAAGUACAGCAUCAGUGGCAUCUCGGCCGGCGGGGCUGGUACUGGAACUGGAGCAGGAACCUACAUGUCCGGUCCAGAUACCCGACCCAACAGCACCUUUCUGGCGCAGUCCCUGGCUUCCAUCGACUCGGAGGGCAGCUGGCUCUCUGGCCGUCCAUCCCGGCGUCUCUCCCAAGCACCACUCAAGAGCCCCGGAUCAACUCGCGAACGCCUGAACGACGAUGUCAGCCCCAUCAUUGACCCGGAUCUGGAAGACGACAACGCCAUCAGCAGCGACGAGUACUUUGGCGCUCUCCCCGUGCCCAAAGAAGAGGAAGAAGAAGACACGGUUCCAAAACACGGUCUCAACAUCACCACCUCGAAUGACUCUGCCAUCAUCAACCCUGCCGUCAACGGCUACAACGACGAACCCGAUGCUGCUGAAAUUAGUCCCCUUCCCGAAGACGCUGACGAUGGCAUGGCCUUAGCCAACGCCGAUGGUGACCCGCCAACCUGGCACUCCAGCGUCGGUAAACAGCCCCGUCUGAUCAACCCCGAAAACCGCGCAAAGUCCCGCGAAGGCCUGUUCACCGAGUUCAUCGACAGCGAGAACGAAGUCAGCCCCAUCGACGAGCCAGAGGGUGUAACUGAGAUCCGUCGAGCCCAGAGCGUCGAUCUAGGCCGUCAUAUCCGCCACAUCAGCGCCGGCAGCGCAAAACUGGUCACCUUGUCCCGUGCUGAGUCGAGCGGCAAACGACACAGCAACAUCUCUCAGAGCAGCUCCGGCGUCUUUCCCACCCGGACUGACGACGAUAUUUAA